AUUUCACCUGUGUGCUUCAGGUUCUCGAGUAUCAGUGUUGUGCAGAGAAUGCAGGACCAUGGAGAGAGACAAGUCCCUAGCAGUCUGCCGCACAGCGUCAAGGCCAGCCUGUCGCUUUCUCCGACCGGGCCGGGACGGGUGGGUGGCGGCAGCGGGGGCGGGGGCUCCCCGACAUCCAAAAUGGCCCCCGGUGGAGUCGGGGUACCUGUGGAGGACAUGCAAGCCUUGGCCAUUACUUCGCUGUCUGCUGCCGAUGUAGCCAAACAAUUUGAGCAGAUUCGUGAGCUGGGGAAGGGCACGUAUGGUAAAGUGGACCUGGUGGCCCACAGAACCCAAGGCACUAAAAUGGCACUCAAAUUUGUUACCAAAAAUAAAACCAAGCUCAAGAGUUUUCUCCGGGAGUACAGUCUUACAGGCUCGCUUAGCUCCAGCCCGUUCAUCAUCAAAGUUCUGGACGUGCUUUUUGAGACGGAAGACAGCUACGUAUUCGGACAAGAAUACGCUCCCGCCGGGGACCUUUUCGACAUCAUUCCCCCACAGGUGGGUCUUCCAGAAGAAAUGGUCAAACGCUGCAUGCAACAACUCGGUCUGGCUCUGGAUUUCAUGCACAGCAAAAGUUUGGUCCACAGGGACGUCAAGCCGGAAAACGUGCUUCUGUUCGACCGCGAGUGUCGCCGCAUCAAGCUAGCCGACUUUGGCAUGACUCGACGGGUCGGCUGUCGGGUGAAAAGGGUGAGCGGCACCAUCCCCUACACGGCUCCGGAGGUGUGCCGGGCCGGCCGCACCGAGGGCUUCCUGGUGGCUACCAGUCUGGACGUGUGGGCUUUUGGAGUUCUGGUCUUCUGCAUGCUGACGGGUAACUUCCCCUGGGAAGCGGCGCUGCUAAGCGACGCCUUCUACGAGGAGUUCCGACGUUGGCAGAAAGCCGGAUGCCCCGUGGGGACGUAUCCGUCUCAGUGGCGCCGAUUCACCGACGACGCCCUGCGAAUGUUCCAAAGGCUUCUCGCCGCCGAGCCGGAAAAACGUUGCGGGGUCAAGGACGUCUUUUGCUUCGUCAAAUAUGAGCUGGUGAGCGAGCUCAGGCGUAGAGCGUCCUAUCGUGCCAAAAGAGGCGAACGGUCCAGCUCGGGGGUGUGCACUGGCAACUGCACUUCAUCUUCAUCCACUUCUUCCUCCUCCUCACGAGCCUCCCACAGACACCCUGAGCCUUCCACGCCUCCAGGAACCUCCUGCCUUCGCCCAGCACCCCUCAAGCGGAGCGUCCUUUCUGACUCCAGAGAGGAGGCUGGACAGCAACAACCUUCAGGACGAGACAAGAACAAAAGCCAGAUGGUGAUGGCCACUGCCAUUGAAAUCUGCGUGUAACCACAUUCCAAAAUUUGAUUGGGUCAGUCAAGGAACUAAAGCUGACUCCGGGGCAAAGGUGCAAUACUUGUACGACCGGGAUGGAGGAACGAAGAACGGCCGGAUGGUGACGGCUAGCAUUAUUCACGCUGCUGGUGGUGCUAACGAUCGUAGUAAGACACUGACUUCUCCAUGACUUGUCACUACAGCAGGGUUUCUCACACCUUCCGAGUCCACUUCAGCGAUUCUUAAGCAGCAUUUGACUUCAUCAUCGGCUACAUUAGCACACUUAAGAUGGACGUCCAUGUAGCAGUGUGUGUGACACGUUUUUUUUUUUUGUGAGGCGCGUCACCUCAGGACACUCGAGUGGAUCACUUUCCGUCGCAUUAGUCAUCCAUUCCAUUUACAGGAACAUUAUAUGAGCGAAGAGGUGCGAACAAUAACAAAAGGGAGAGAAUAUGUUUUCUAUUUUUUUUUUUCCUUUUCUACUCGUGUUAGCGCUCGGACGUGUUGUACGCGUGAGUUCCCGACACUAAAGCACAAAAUGUUUUUAAAAGGUGAACAAUCUCACUCCAUAUUGUAGAUAUAUUUGAGUACUUCGUGAUAUCAGGUAGUUCAUCUAUGUAGCUGUACUCAUUUUCGAAAAAUCAGGGGAUUCGGUCACUGUCAGGUUAACUAACGCAUUGUAUGUAGCAACUCGAUAGGACGGAAUGUACAGUACAGUUGACUGGCUAGAGAUAAAAAAUGAUUUAUUCUAUUUUAGAAUAGGGCUGUAAGAUAAAAUGUGGAAAAGCGCUGCCAAUACCCUCUGAUUUGAAAUGACCCUCUCGCCCCCUCCCAAGCGGAUCCCAGGUCAUCUAUUGUUGUUCCAUGAGCUGAUGACCCGCUCAUGUUUGGUGUUGUUUUUAUCACCCCCUUCUAUGUUUUCGCGCUGACAGCCCAUCAGCACUGUUGCCAUAGCGACAGUGCCUCACCGCCGCUGUCGUCGAGGCUUCUGUCCUUCUGGAGUCUAAUUGAGCCCAAAUUAAACAACUUCGCAGACAAGCGCAGACGUUUCGGAACAAUUGCUCGGUUUAAUUCGGCGGAGCGGCUUGGUAGAGAUAAAGAUAAAACAGUCCAAUUUCAACAUUUAUUACAAAAAUCCGAUAACGACCGAGCACAUGGAAUAAAUCUAAUAAUAAAUGUAAAUUGUAAAGAGACUUCUUUUUUUGUCCGUCAGUGUAAAAACGGCACUAAUGCUAACUAAUAAUCCCAAAUUGUAAAAGUUUCACACCGUUUUACCUCAGAUAGAUGAGUCAUCCCCACCUCCUCUCGAUUAGACGAUCCACCUAGGGAAAAAAUAAAUAAAAAAAUCAGUCCGUGCCCCUCAAUAGCGGCAAUAACCUUUUCUAUUGCCACGUUAAUUUCCCCCAAGCACUAAAUUUCACUUGGGUGCACUACAUAUGGAUUUGGUCAGAGGGCGUAAAAAUAGCGCCAGACAUAGACACCACCUAGACUACUGUCUGCAGUGGAGGAAUUAGUCAUUCCCAUUUGAGGAUAAAAAUCUAAUUGUUGCUGCUUAUGGACUGUUAAAACAGAGGUCAAAGGUCGUCAAAUCCAAUUGAGAAGACUCAUGACCGCCAAUUACCAUUGAAACCAAAAGGUUAAUUGUAUCUACUGCCACCUAGCGAAAGUGCAUUUAAUUCCUGCUGAACAAGAUUCUUUAUGGCAUAAAAAAUCAAUUUCAGACCACUUCUGUAAAAUUAGAUCAUUUUCCACAGCCUGCCCGAUCAUCUGCAUUGCAAUAAGCAAAACCAAAUUUUUGGGAGGGGCCACCGAAAGUCGUUAUAUAAUCUUGUAAAUAUUCUGUGUCUUGACUAAAAAUAAUGAUGUUAAUAUAUGUUGAAAUAAAAUAAAAUGAUGCGCCACUGGU